AUCAGCUGUUUCUUCCACUCAAAUCUAGAUCAACGACUUCCCACUACCCAAUAACAAACAAUUCACCACUGAAGCAGUAGAUUACUAUUAUUAUUAUUAUUAUUAUUAUUACUACUACUGUUGUUGCUGUUAUCUUAAUUAUAUAUACAUGUCUAUGUACGUUCCUGUAUACAUAUACACGCCAUUUAUCAGACACGCACAGACACAGACCUUAUUCAAGUCUUGUCAAGACGGAGUUUAACCAUUUGCUUGCCGGAGAUGUUAUGUAACUUCGCUCAUGUCUUUAUUACUCUCAGCAUUCGAGUUGGAUUUGAUUAAUUCUUCUUAAUUGCCAGCUGUUGGUUGUGAAUUAUUAAAUCUCACCGAAUUCAUUAAUUAAAACCGUCCUUUUCACUGUUGAUUACAGAUUAGCCAAGUUAGUGGUAACAAUGUCAGAGUAACUUAAUAUGCAGUCACUCCUCCACUUACAAUACAAGAUGCUUGCAUUAAAAUACUCCUGAGCCAACCAAAAAUGAUGUAUGGAAUGAAUGGAUUUAACGAUGACUCUAACGAGUAUGUCAUGGUACAAGUGACACCUUUACCAAGCGGUGAAGUAACUCCUCUUCAAAGUUACAAUAAUACUCCAUUGACAAGUGCAAACGCUACUCCUUUACCAAUAAAGAAAUGGCCAUGUUCCAAUGAUUCAGAUACAGGCACUGAUAUCUUACCAAUUUGUAGGAUUUGCCAUCUUCCAGGAGAUAAAGAAGAUAGCUUAUUCAAACCAUGUCGGUGCUCAGGAACAUUAAGAUUCAUUCACAAUGGAUGUCUCAUGUCAUUGGACUGCGGCCAUACUGGAGCACUGCCUUUAGUCGAGCAAAUCAACACUCAGGACUUAUUCUUUAAAUGGAUUGAAAUAUCUACUAAAAAGUCCAAGAAACCCCCUCGCUGUGAGUUAUGUCAUUAUGAAUUUCACAGACACAAACGUUUUAAGAUGCACAACUGGCAAUGGCCACGAGUCAGUGGGAAAGAUAAAUGUUUACAUGCAGUGUUUUUCAUCAAUUUGCUGAUUAUGAUCUCCUGUGCAGUAGCAACAGUAAUGUGUUUUCUUUCAGACAAUGGACAGGUACAAAAAAGUACCAAAAAUAAAGUGAAACUCACCACAGAAGAAGUGAUAACGUUGUCAUCUGGGGUUAUGUUUUUUGUUUCGUUCUUUGUUGCAAUGACAGUAGAAAUCAAAGCUAAACACACCAUUUACAAACUGUUUGUGAAAUUUAUUAUGCAAAACACCGAAUGGGAAAUUGAUCCUUAUGACCAGCAAAAUGAUCCAACAUUUACUGCUCCUCAGUAUGUAUAAACAUAGAAUUUAUGACGAUGAUUACUUAAAAGCCUAUUUUGGAAGCAUUUACUCAACAAAUUGCACUCUAGUUCAUUCAAACUGAUACGAAAACAUAAUCUAUAAAAAAGUCUUCAUACCUGAUACUGUGGAGAGCUCUGGCUUCUUAAUCGCUUUUCUUUUUCUCUGCUUUCACAUUUAAAUACAAAUUUGUCUGAUGUUCAUAAAAUUCUAUCAUUUUUAUGUGUUAACAUUUGUAAAAAUAAUGCAUUAUUUUUCAAAUGUUUAUUACCAAUGGGUUGGAAUUUAAUUUGCUAUGAAUUAAUCAAAGGCAUUAAGUAGACCUUAUCUCAAAGUUAGAGUUGUUAUUACUACUACUAUUAUUUUUUUUUUUUUUUUAAUAGUGUGUUUAUAUUUUAGGAAAAUAACUUCAAUAAUUAAUUUGUUGAAUAAAUCACAAGAAUUGUUAUCCAGGAAUAUUUAAAGAGAUUGUUAGGGGAACUUAGUUCUCUUGGCAUUUUUUGUUAAGUUUUAUUUCCCUGAGUUGUCUGUUUCAUUAAGACAAACUUAGUUUUACUUAUUAUAACAGUUUAUUAUUAUUAUUUUACUAUUUCUAUUCUUAAGCCAUAUGUUUAUGAAAUAGAUACUGGGGAUAAUCCGAGGGAGCAUUUAGUUUUGGUAGCUUGCUAAUAGAUACUGGCCUGACUGAGAUGUUGUUAGUAAAAGACUAGCAAAUAAAAGACUUCCAAUAUGAUUUCUUUUUAGGUAGGGAGUAGAGAGAGGAGGAGGAUUAGGUCAGUGACUCAGCUAAACUAGUUGAGUCACUCAACUAAACAAUCCACUGGAAUAAAGGCUCUUGCUUAUUCCAUCCCACUCUGCUCUUACAAAACUAUCUUUAUGGCUAAAAGUGAAAUCAUACCUAAAGCCAUGUCUAUCUAUCUAUCUAUCUAUCUGCCUGUCUGUAUGUCCAUCUAUCGUUAAACAAAUUCUAGGCUGGUUCAUCCUUACAAUAAACCAUUAAACUCUAUAAUGUCCUUUUUAAAAGUGAACUCCUUCUCUUCUGACUUCAGUACAGUUCUCUAAUUUCUUCUUAGCCUCAAAGACUUUCUGAAAUCUUCCAAGAUGUGUUUCAGGUAUUUUGCUGCUAUGGGUUUGUUGAUCUCAUACUUGCCCUCAAAAUGGGUUCUUGAUGUUUCCCCCCACCCCACCCAAACUCUGUAAAAUCCUAUGGUGCCAAUAAUGAAGAAGGUUCAUGUUCUAAGUGUAACAAUUUAUUUCUGUGUUCAAGUGAGACUUGUCUGUUGACAACAUUGUGACUGAUUGGUGUGUUGUUGUGAUACACAAUUAAUUUGUUGAGCAAACAUUUAAAGUAUCUGAAGGACAUUCCAGAAGGAAAGUGUGUAAAGUCCUUUCAAGAAGCAAUAGAAGAAGGAAAGAGAGAACUGUAUUCAAACUAGAAAAUAUUUUAGAAUUGCCCCAACAUGGGAUUUAUUUUCUUCCACAACUGAUAUCAAGUCAGCCCCACCUCAUCUCUAUUCGCACGCAUUCUAGUCUGCUGUGAAUAGGAAACUGAUGGGGAAAUGUUUCUUUUUUUUUUU